AUGACAGAAGUAAGCAACAGAGAAUUAACAGUGAUUGAGCGAAAUACAGAUUUAGUUCUUGCCCACAUUCUCUCUUUCCUUCCAACAAAAUAUGCAGUUGCUACCAGCACUCUGUCACCAAGAUGGAAACACAUAUGGACUUCUGUCCCCUAUCUGGAAUUCAAUGAGAAGACACUGUUAGUUGAGCAUCCUUGGUCUGGCAUGCAUAAGCCUAAAGAUCAUCAUCGCCAUGUUAACCAAUUAUUUGGGCUUUUGAAAGCAAUUUCUAAUGUGCAUCUACAUCUAAAGGCUAGCACUAUGGCAGCUCUCGGCUUUGCUAAUGACAAAAAUUGGCCCGCGUUUCCUAAUUUGAUCCAAUUGGAAUUGGGUGUUUGCCACAAUUUUUGCUGCAAGAGUUUGUUUGACUUGCUCAAUGGUGCACCUAAUUUGUGCACUAUGGUAUUUGCGAAGGUACCACUUCAUGAUGGUUUUGCAUACUCAGAGCAAUUCAAUUGGUUUGAACCACAAGGGGUGCCAAGUUAAGAAAUUAAAAUCUCUGGCAGAUGCAUCCCAAGAUGAACUUAAUCUGAUAAAGUAUCUAGUGAAAAAUGUGGAUGUCUUGACAAAGAUGACAAUUAGGAAUGUAUUUUCAAGCAUGGAAAAUGAGAAUGAGUUUCUUAAGGAACUUGUCAUGGCUCCUAGAUGUUCAAAUACCUAUCAAAUAGAACUUGUUUGAGAAUUCAUUGAUCAAGGCUUCAAGUGGCAUAUCUUCUGGAGGUAUGUGCACUUAUUUUGUUUAAAGUGAUUGAGUUGGUUGACCCACAUUUGGCCCAUGGAGAUAGUUGUUAGCUUUUGGUUCUAAAACCUAUGCUUUGAAUUCCAAUUCACUACUCAGACUACAUUCGAAAUACUGCAGAGAGUGGUCUUCAUAUAUAUAUAUAUAUAUAUAAAGAUAAAUGUGUUUUCAUGUUUAGUGAUAUAUAUAUAUAUAUAUAUUUGCUUUGUAGUUUU